GGGGUCUACGUAAUGAGAUCUUCUGCCUCGUGGUAAGAAACAAAGUUAAGACCCAGCAGCACCAACCACAAUCUUAUCCAAGGGCAACAAAGUGUUUUUACAAUUGAUAUCUUAGUUUUUAUACCUUUGUUAUUUUUCCAUCACCAGACGGCAGCUGCAAACAAGAGCCCAAGGACAGGCAAAUGUGAGAUAGUUGUUUUGUUUCACAGGGAGAUUUGCAGUGACACUCAGCAAAGAGAACGUCUGCUUCACACGUUGCGGUGUUCUUGUGGUCACCCUAGAUUCUCGGUGGUUGUGUGCUGUGCUAUCUCUCCAGAAAAACUUUUUCUCAGGGGAAAGCAAAAUCUCUGCAAAACAUCGUCCCUAAACUAAGAGACUGCAGUGAAGAAAUGAAACAAGAGUGUGGAAGGCAAAAAAGAUGAGACCUUCUUCCUCCUUGGCUCAUAAUGUCACAAGAUAGAGGAGCCUGUGGCAGAAACCAGAGGCAGAUGUUCUGGUCCCUACUGGCGUGUCUUCUGUUUCUGGCGUCACCAUGCAAGGGGUUCCUUCCCAACUUCUGGUCCAAAGUAUUGACUCUAUCAUGGGACUCGUACACACACCAGCAUAUCACAGAACAGGCCAUUCUCGCUGUCACCCUGGAGGUCCUGAGGGACAUCGCAAAACAGGAUGGUGUGCAGGGAGAGAAAGAGAUCCGCCUUGGCCGUGGUUUCUGGAGAGCCAUGAGAGACGUGGUGAACUCCAACGCAAACAUGGACUUUCUGAAGUCUACCAGGUCUGACCCGAUCUACCACUUUGACUCAGAACGAAUUGACGGCUCUAUCGCGAAGCUUCGGGAGUUCUGGACUAAGAUUGUUGUCUCCACACGGGCCAAAGAGUACGAGAGCGCCCGUGGCAGCUUGGGUCAGCUGUUCCAUUCCCUGCAGGAUUUCUACAGCCACAGUAACUGGGUGGAGAUGGGCAAAAGAUCGAUUUACCUGCACCUCCUGCAGCCAGAAGAGCCUGCCGUUUCAGUGGCUAAAGAAGAUACACCUACCUGUAAGGACUGCUUCACUGCUACCUGCAGACAAAAUCUCCUACCAACACUUUCAAACACCGAGAUGAACUCCAAUCUGCUCACCACCGGCUACACCAGCAGCUACCCUUUGAAGCCCAAAGGCAAAUGCAGCCAUGGAGGUGUUCUGGACAGAAGUCGACAUCAGAGUCCCAGAGGGGGGAUCAACAAAGACAGCAACUCACCAAUCUUCUCCCCUCACCAUUACCUCCAUGUGGAGGCCGCAGCAUUAGCCGCCAACGCCACUCAAAUGGCACUAAGGGACCUCAAAGACACCGUGGGCCCCAAGGCCUUUCUCAAGCUCUUCAGUGUGAGGCAGGCCCCUGCGUUGGUGUUUGUCAUGGACACCACAGGCAGCAUGUUUGAGGAGAUCACAGCCGCUCGACUCAGAGCUCACUCCAUCAUCCAGAGCCGAGCCAACAGCGCCAGGCAGCCCGGCUCCUUUUUGCUUGUGCCCUUCCAUGACCCAGAAUUUGGGCCAGUUUAUGAAGACGAAGAUCCAGACCAGUUCAUGAAGCACAUGGAGACCCUGGUUGCUCUGGGAGGAGGAGACGAACCAGAGAUGUGCUUUUCUGCUAUUCAACUGGCCCUCACCCACAGCCCGCCUCUGUCUGAAAUCUUUGUCUUCACUGACGCUUCCCCCAAAGACGCUUAUCUGUUUGAUGCAGUGAAGGCACUCGCUCUAGAGAAACGGAGCAAGAUAACAUUUCUCCUCACUAAAGACCAGACACAGAAGAGGAGUAGGAGGAGGAAGAGGAGCAGUAAGAAACCUCUGUCGCCCGACCGUUUCUCUCUCUACUCCUCCCUGUCCGUCCUGUCAGGGGGAAUGGCUGUAUUCACCACCAACUCUGACAUCCACAAGGUCUCUGCUAUAGUUGAAGACAACACUGCUGUUGACAAGGUGACCCUCUUCCAUCUAAAAAGCGAUCCAGAGUUCAUGACUGUGCAUUCCUUCAGAGUCGACAGCUCAGUGAACAAUGUCAUCCUGCACAUCACGGGCACCAUGACUGAGUGCAUCCUCACCAGUCCAUCAGGCCAAAGUCAGUCCAUGUUACGCGAGCGUGGCCGUCUAGCAGAGUUGGAGCACUUCCAGGGUCUGUAUCGUAUCAAACUGUUGCCUCCUGUUCAGGCUGGCCAAUGGAAUCUGCAAGCCCAAAGUGACGAUCAUUUAACCUUCAGUGUGAUAGGUGACAGCAGCGUUGACUUCCUCUAUUACUUUGCCACUGUGACUAAUGAGACACACCCAGGCCUGGCCAGGGUGGAUGGUCAUCCUGUGGCAGGUUCCCCGGCCUUCCUGGUGCUCGCUGUUACAGGCCAAGCCUCGCCUAUGGAGCCGUCGUUUCACGUGACGCUGCUUGGAGCUGAAGGAGAGAGUCUUCAGCAGGUGAAGCUCAAUCGCUCCUCCUCUUCACCCGCCCACGGCUUGGAGGAGCUAGUGGGCUUCGUGGAGCACGUCCCCACAGUUCCCUUCAGUGUCCGACUUACCGGACUGGACGGCAGAGGGAACAAGCUGGAGAGGGUUUCCACAGAGAAGAUUCAGCCCACUCGUAUUCAGAUUGCGAUGACGUUAACCCCCCACCUCGUAGCAGGUCACCCUACGGUGGUGAACUUUGACAUCUUCAACCACGGUCCUGCUCGACUCUUGAAUCUGACCGCUGAUGAUGACUGUGGUUAUCUCCUCAUGAGGGGGCCGCAGAGCCUGUUUGUUGAAGAGCAAGGCUCUUUCCGUGGCCAGGUUGUCCUCCUCACUCCCGCUAAGGCUCAGGCUGGGGCGACUGUGACACUCACACUCACCGUGCACACCCUUGACUCGCUGGAAUCAAACUACGCGAUCACAUUCUUAACCGUGGUCUCCCUGGAUGCUGACAGGUCUCCACCCUCCUGCUCUGCCGUGCUGGUCCAGUCUGACUGUCCUGCCGACUGCACCAAGUCCAGCUGGAGAAUGUCUCUGGUCGUGGCAGACGAUGUGCACUCUGGCCUCGCAGCCCUCCAGAUGCACAAAGGUGACGGCGUACUGAUGAUUUUCCACAACCCGCCACCCACAGAGGAGAGCUUUGGAGAGACCCUACCAGACUUUGAACACCAACGCCUACACAAGAACAAAACGACCAGCAAAGGCCACCAUCGGCACCACCACCACUACAGAGCGAGCUUGAAGACAGGGGACCCCCUUCUGAAUGUGUCUGGGUGGGCACCGGGUUCUUCGCAUCCACUGUGGGUCACGUACACGUCCAGCUGCUGCUCCGCCCAGGCAGAGCUGCUGGUGUGGGACAGAGCUGGAAACAUGAAGCGCUGCAUCCUAACAUCUGGCCAGCAGAGGGUGCAAAGUGACACGGCCACGGAGAGCAGUGGGAGCGGACGGGCUACACUCACAGGCGUCAUCUUCUUGCUGGUGGGCCUGCUGUGGUCUCCCCUGGUUUAGAUUUAUAAAAUUACAAAUGUUUUGCUGGUCAAAAUUAUCUCCAAAACAACCUGUUAACUGAAAACAGGAAGUGCACUUAAGGCAAAUGAAUGCUGGCACUGCUUUGAUGUGAAAUUAGUGAUCAUAAGAUGCAAAUGAUGACAUAAGUUAUGAAAGACAAAGGAAUGGUAAAGUUAAUUUAUGGUAAAUUUUAGUGAUAAAGGUAGCACUCAAAUAUUCACAGCAGGCGCUUGAGGAAAAAAACAAUAAACAAUUAUGGCAUAAGGUACAUUUAUUGACAGCUGUGGUAAAGAGGUGUAAAACAUAAUCAGAUACAUGAACCUUUAGUUACUGCAGCAGAAUCUCCUACUGCAAAGUUUUACAACUUUUCAAUAUGAGACAUUUUAUUUGGUGGAAGGAGGAAAAAUCCCGGUUUAAGAAAUGAUUCUCUUUUACAAACCCGCUGGUUUCACAUUUAUUGACACCUCUCCUGAUAAUGAUUUGAACAGCCAUCUUUUGCCAGUAGAAUAGUACUUUGUGGAAAGAGGAAUAGAGAAAGAUCCCACUCUCUCUGUACGCUCCAACCAUGGGAAACGCAAAAGGAGAACACAAUCGCUCUGAGAGGUUCUUUCUUACUCUCUCUUUUCUUCAGCUCCUCCCAGCACUUUUGCUGUAAGAUUUAGGUCUGGGACGGCUUUUCAUUUUUCUGGCAGAGUCCACCUGGACAUUUGAAAAAUACCCAGGAGCUUAUGAUGCCACACACUGAAAAGGUUUCCGAAACCUUUGGGAUGGAAACAGGCCCACAGCAUCACAGAUCCUUCACCAUACUUAGUACAUGACAUAAAGUGCUUUUCACUUUUUUAUCCUUGGUAUCUUUAUCAGACCCACCUGGAUUGUUUGUUGCAAAAAAGCUCAACCAUUGUUCCAUCUGACUAAAGGAAAGAAAAAUGCUUUUUCUUUUUUUUUGGUCAACUCCCAGACAACCAGUUGAGAUACCAUUCAAUGCUUGUUGUGUGGCUUUGCUGAUGUGUAGAUGCUACUCUCUGCUCCAUUAACAUUGAGCGUUUAAGAUUUCGUUGUACAGUCAUGAUGAUUUGCCAGACAAAGUCCUCAUCCAGCCCAGUUUGUUCCAGUUCCAGUUGUUUGAAAUGUUACAAUUAUUACACUGACUGUAAAGUAAUAUAGGGCUUUUCUCUACCUGGAAUAAAGUGCCAUUGCUACCAAC